UAUAGAGGAUAGAAGUCGUGACCUAAAACAAGGGCUUCUCUGAAGUUAGUAGAAGGUGGUAGAGUGUAAUUAAUUGGGAAACCAGGUGUGUUUCAUCUGUGGAAACAGGAGGGAUGGUGCGCAGCUGUACUGACGGCUGGUGCGCCCGGUUCAUGGAGCGACACUAUUCAGCGCUGAAUUUCGCCCUGUUGGUUGUCGGUUACAUCCUUUACCUCAUCAUCGGCGCCGGGAUCUUCUCCGCCAUCGAGCUGCCCUACGAGCACGACCUCCGGCAGGAGCUGAAGGCGGCCCGGCAGGACUUCCUCAACAACAACACCUGUGUGUCCGACGCGCGCCUAGAGGAGCUCCUGGCUCGCGCGCUAGAGGCCAGCAACUAUGGCGUGUCGGUGCUGGGUAACGACACCGACCGCAACUGGGACUUCGUGUCCUCCUUGUUCUUCACCAGCACCGUGCUGACCACGACAGGCUAUGGCCACACUGUUCCUCUCUCAGAUGAAGGGAAGGCCUUCUGUAUCUUUUACUCCCUCUUCGGCAUUCCCGUUACCCUCUUCUUCCUCUCUGCUGUGGUACAGAGGAUCAUGGUCCUGGUGACUCAACGUCCAGUGUCCUACUUCCACCGUCGAUGGGCCAUGUCUAGAUCAAAGCUAGCCGCCAUCCAUGCCACCUGCCUCACCAUCUUCAUGACCCUGCUGCUCCUCAUCAUCCCUGCGUUGGUCUUUGUCAGCCUGGAGAAGGACUGGAACUUUCUGGAGUCGCUGUAUUUCUGUUUCAUCUCUCUGACAACCAUUGGCCUCGGGGAUUAUGUCCCUGGAGAGACCCACAGUAAAGAGUCCAACCCACAUUCACAGCUCUACAGGCUGACCAUUACAAUCUACUUGCUGCUGGGAUUGGUGUGUGUCCUAGUGGUGCUUGAGACGUGCUGCGAGCUUCCCCAGAUGAGACGCCUCAGACAGAGGUUCUACCAAGAAAACGUUCGGGAGCUGGACUCAGAGACCACCAACAUCAUUGACCGGGAACACAUGAGUGACCAGCUGACUGACCUCUCGGAUGGCGUACCAGUCAUCCCCUCUGUGUCAGAGCAGGCUGCGUCCCUACGGCAAGACAGCAAGUCACCGCCUUAUACCCCAGCAUCAGGAUCAGCUGCUAACAGAAAGCUGAGAUGACAGAUUGUCUGCCAGACAUUGUUUUUAAGGGACUGGUCUAUGAACUUUUGCCCUCUAUGUGGCUGCUCAUGACAUACUGGCACUGGCCUCUAUCAAAAUAUGUAUAUAAGAGUAUAUAGGCAGUCUGACCAUGUCUACAUCGAAGCUCAAGCUUCAAGAGUCACUCAAUUACUUAAAAAGUAAGUACUUUCUGCUGUUGCCAACAUCAACACACAUAUGUGUUGUAAAAGUGGGAAACACCCACAGAUAAUCAGGAUGGCGUUGUUUUCUUGUUCUCCCCUGUUAAUCCGUUCCCUGCAGAUAAGAGUUAGAUCUAUAACGCAGAGGAAGGGCUGGGCCCCCAGACGGAGGAAAACCCAGUGAGUUUCCACUUCCUGCCAAGAUCUCAGAGCACAGUGUGCCCUACAGGAUUUCACACUCCCCCUUUGCACAUUAUAUAAUCUAUGGUGGUAUUUGCAUAAGAAAUUUGCCUUCUUGGAAGUCAUAAAGCAGUACCAGGAGAAUGAGUUGUACCAUCACUUUGCCUACUCUACAUUAUGUGAAAGAAUUCCAAGCAAAAGAUCAAAUAACGAGGAGGAAAGAACAUUUUUUCCUCCUGGUUUCUCACAGGUGAUGAUUGGCCUUCAGCUCCUGAUGUCAUGUUUACAUACUUAGUUCAUUGUGGUAAUUAUACUGCGGUAUGUGUGCUUUUACCACUAGAGGGCAGCACUUUCAUUUUAUAUGCAAAAGAUAUAUUUAUAUGUUACUGGGAAUUUAUCUCUCAUGCUGCUUACCGGAGUGUUACAUAAAAUUAUAAUUAAGGUUCAAGAAUAAGUCAGUGUUGGGGGAGAAAACAUGGUGUAGAACAAAGAGUUUUUAAACAUCCAUAUAUUUUGUCAAAGCGAUGCCUGUUACUGGAAAUGCUAAACUGAAUGUACCAUAUAUGGAGGUGGAUGCUUUAAGUAAUUUUUUUCACUUACAAAACAGCUUAAAACUGGUUGAAAAAAAGAGGGAUGUGACCUGUCCUCUAAAGAUCAUUUUACUGCUGUUUUCAUUGUCAUUUUGCUGGUUUAUGGGUUUGAGACAAGAGCAGAACUUUGUCAUGGUAAUUUUUAUAAGAAUCCAAUCAUCUUUACGCAUAACGUGUAAAUAAA